UAAAUGUCUGCAGAGAAAAAAAAAAUUAAAAAAAAAAAAAAAAAGAAAAACACCACGUUAACUUCGUUCAGUUGUCCACGACCUACUUAAUAAUGAUAAAAACUCACCAUAUAUAAAAAAAUUAUAUAAAAAACUAUAUAAAAACGCAUUCCGACGACAUUCGAUACGAUUCAUACGAGUAUUAAAGAAUAAAGGUAGCAUGGUUUGCGUCUCACCUUUAUACUUUCUUUCUCUGUAACUUUCUGAAUGAUAAAACAUGCAUAGAAUUGAUAAUCAAUAUAGGAAUCAAUUUCUUCUCAGUCCAUUGUCAUUCUUUGGACACAAUUCGGUCGUCCUUAAAAGCGUAGAUACACGUAUGUCGCUUCACACAUCGUUGAUGAUUUUUACUUUCACUGCAGAUAUUACGCCAGAUCUUGGUACUACUUGUGGGGGAAAAAUACAUUUUUAUCUUGUUUUACCUGUAUAAACGACUUCUCUCGAUGUAUGUAAUAGACUGACUUGGUUCUCAUUAAAAGACGGUACUAGUCACUAAAUCAACUUUGUUGUUUAAUUAAUAAAGUUUUAUAAGAAGAAAUGAAUUUAAUAAUUCGUUCGAUAAUAUUAUUGACGCUAUUCCUGAUAAUUAAUAAUGGUAAGAACGAAUUUGCUGAAGCAACUUUUAAUUUCAUAAGUGAUUUCAUACAAUACAAUAUAGCUGGUAUACCUGUUAUACACCAAGAAACUGAAUGGCAUUUUGAUCCGGAAAUUGGGAAAAAGAGAAGAGUCAGGUACGAAAUAGAAAAUGGUUACCGUGGUGAAAAAGCUAUAGCUAAAUUAGGUAUGGGAAUUGGAUAUUUACAGCCAUGGAAUACACUGGUUAAAAACAAAAACUAACUGAGCAACAUUAAAAGUCAAUUUUUUAUCCUACAAAUACCAAAUUUAGAUUUAAAAAAUUGUUCUCUAUAGUAAAUAAAUUAUUUGUUCAAA